AUGGAAUGUGUACAGUAUAGCAUGCUAGGUCUGUCGGUCCUGUCGACCGAGGCACCUGCCGCCAUUCCCAUAUCCUGGACCGUGGCCUCUGCAAUACCCAAUGUUGUAUUGGCGAAUAUGUAUGGCCGUGGUAACACAGGCGUGAUUGUCGCCGGCCUGCACGGGGCUAUUCACAUCAUCGAUACCAUUGAUGACUGUAUGGAUGCUGCAGAAAGUGGCACCAGGAAGGAUGCUCUGACCUGUGCUGUAUCCCUCCUCACCGGGGCGGCCGUGUUCGGCCUCGCUGUCGAGAAUUAUCGGCUGACGGGCGCGUUCACCAACAAGCGCGAACUGGAGGGAGACUUCUCCCACCUCGACCGCUGCUUCAGCCAGCUGGGCGACGGGGCCUCGGUCUGGGACAUCCACUACGAGGGCAUCCCGCUCAAUGCCACCCACCUGCCGCAAACUCUGCAGAAGCGAGGCAGUGGUGACGACACGCCCGCUGGAGUCCGCGCCCUGCACAAUUCCAGUAUGCCAUUGAGCUUUAUCUACGAGAGCACUCGCAAGGAUUACGUCCCCCUCCUGGUGGCCACCAAUGGCACGCACUAUCACAUCGGUCAUCUGGCCCCCGUUGGUGGCACUACUGCAGGCGAGGAGAGCGCCUCGCUGCGCCGCCGCACCGACAUCGCCCCGGGCGUCACGCAUGUCGGAGCCGGCGGGGUCAAAGUCCAGUGCAACUCGAAGGGUCCGGUGAUGACCGAGCAGCAGGUCCAGCUCUUCAUGGACGAGCCCAUGGGGACCACCAGCAGCUCGGCUGCAUUGAGUGUCUUCCUCAGCGUCGUCAACUAUGCCACAUUCACCGGGUUUUCCUUCAAUGAAUGGGUGGAUUCGGACCUCAGUGGGCAGUGGGCCAUGGAGGCGGAGACCGCUGAGUUCGGAUCGAACUGGGAGACUAACUGGAACUGGUGUUUUGGGGUGGAGGAGAACUAUUGCGAUAAAGGGUUGUAA